UUGAUGAAGCGGUUCGCUGUUUUGUGUCCCAAUUUUUGUGGAGAAGAGAGAUAGAGAAGGUUGGAGGCGCAAGAACUUCCACAGCCUACAACCAUGUCUCUUCAGCCUAUCAGUGUCCUGAAGGCUGGUGCCGAUGAGGAGAAAGCCGAAAAUGCUCGUAUGUCCUCGUUCGUGGGCGCUAUCGCCAUUGGAGACCUUGUAAAGACAACCUUGGGCCCCAAAGGAAUGGACAAGGUUCUUCUGGGGAUGGACCCUACCCAGGUGGACUCCCUGCGUGUGACUAACGAUGGUGCCACCAUUCUCAAGUCAAUUGGUGUGGAUAACCCAGCUGCUAAAGUGCUUGUCGAUAUCAGCAAGGUUCAGGAUGCUGAGGUCGGUGACGGUACCACCAGUGUCACCGUGUUUGCCUGCGAGCUCCUCCGUGAAGCAGAGCAGCUUAUUUCCCAACACAUCCAUCCUCAGACGAUCAUUAGCGGCUGGAGAAAGGCCGUCGACGUGGCGCGCGCAGCCCUGACCGACGUGGCACAGGACCACAGUGCUGACACAGCCCGAUUCCGCGAGGACCUGCUGAAUAUUGCCCGCACUACCAUCAGCUCCAAGAUUCUCACACAGCACAAGGAUCACUUUUCCAACCUUGCUGUCAACGCCGUCCUAAGAGUCAGAAAAACCAGUAUCCUUGAUGCUAUUCAGAUCAUCAAGAAGCUUGGAAGCUCCAUGUCUGACUCGUACCUUGAUGAAGGAUUCCUCUUGGAUAAGAUGCCUGGUGUGCAUCAGCCCAAGCGUGUCGAGAAUGCCCGUAUCUUGAUUGCAAAUACAUCCAUGGAUGCUGACAAGAUUAAGAUCUUUGGUUCCAGAGUUCGUGUUGACUCCACUGCAAAGGUCGCUCAGCUUGAAGCUGCCGAGCGUGAGAAGAUGAAGGACAAAGUUGACAUGAUCCUGAAGCACGACAUCAAUGUGUUUAUUAACCGGCAACUCAUCUACAAUUACCCAGAGCAGUUGUUCGCCGAUGCCGGCACCAUGGCUAUUGAACAUGCUGAUUUUGAGGGUGUGGAGAGACUAGCACUUGUGACAGGUGGUGAGAUUGUGUCCACUUUCGGAAACCCCGAGAAAGUCAAGCUCGGAAAGUGCGAUCUGAUCGAGCAGGUCAUGAUUGGCGAGGAUAAGCUAAUGCGCUUCAGUGGAGUUGCUCUUGGUGAAGCAUGCACCGUCGUACUCCGCGGUGCAACGCAGCAGAUUCUGGACGAGGCCGAGAGGUCUCUUCAUGAUGCUCUGUGUGUGCUUUCACAGACUGUGAAAGAGCCACGCACAGUCUUUGGUGGCGGUUGCAGUGAGAUGCUGAUGGCCAACGCUGUUUCACAGCUUGCCUCUAAGACUGCCGGAAAGGAGAGCAUGGCCAUGGAGAGCUUCGCAAAGGCUCUUAGACAGCUCCCCACGAUCAUCGCAGACAAUGCUGGCUAUGACAGUGCCGAGUUGGUCUCAUCUCUGCGCGCUGCUCACACAGAGGGCAAGCAAACGUCCGGUCUUGAUAUGGAGCUUGGUGAGGUCGGAGACAUGGCCCAGCUGGGCAUCACCGAGUCAUACCUCGUAAAGCGCCAGAUCCUUCUCUCGGCAGCAGAAGCAGCAGAGAUGAUCCUUCGCGUAGAUGACAUCAUUCGGGCAGCACCCAGGCAACGCCGGUAACCUCAGACAUCAAACUUUCUCUACUCUCUCUCACUGAGCCACCACAAAACAUGUUCCUUUACUGAUGAUAUACAGUCGAUCUGCUGUGCUAUGAUUUUCAUACUAUGACUCACUUUUUUAACGAAAUGAAAAAAACUAAACAGCAUUCAGAACUGG